AUGGCCCCCAAAGCAGCAGAAUCAGAACUUGGCUUCCAGCUGGGCUACUUCGCACUUAUUCUCCAGCUCAAGCUCCACGUCCAGGUGGGCCUGUUCCACGCGGGCGUUGCUGCUGUCAACGACAUUGAGCUGAGUCCCAAGGCCUUUUACUGGCGAGUUCCAGUCGCUCAUUACUCUUUCAUUUUCCACCUCGGCUUCGCCUACAUGAUGCUCAGGCGGUACCAAGACGCAAUCCGCGUGAUGUCUCAGGCGCUGCUGGCGCUGUCGCGGCAGCGCGGGCAGCUAGCCAGCAGCAGCAGCUACCAAGGAGCUUCUAUGAGCAGAUCUGCUGACCGCAUGCAUGUGCUGCUGCUGCUGUGUUCGAAGCUGAGUGGCAUUAAACUCGACGACUCCAUUCACCAGACCAUCAAGGAAAGGCACAGCGACAAGUUCUACAAGCUGCAGCAAGACACGGAGGAGGCUUACUGCGAGUUGUUCACGUGGGCAGCGCCGCGCUUCAUCGAUCCUGCUGCGCCUCCCACUUACGACGACGAGGCCUUCGACAGAUUCGUCUCCGGCAAGUCCGAGAUCCGCGUCCGCGUCUGCAAGCUCUUCCUCAAGGACGUGGAGAGCCGCCGCAAGGUUAAUACCAUCAACUCCUUCACCAAGCUCUACCACAACAUACCGCUGGCGAAGCUGGGCCGGCUGAUGGACGAAAGCGCGGAAGACCCCGAAGGCGAAGUGCGGGCGGGGCUGAUGUGUUUGAAGUUGAAGAGUCAACAGAAAGUGUGGCGGUCGGGGCCGCUGUUGUCUGGGGAGUUGACUCAGCCUCACGUGGAGGCGUUGAUGGACUUCAAGAUCGACGGCGAGAUGCUGCACAACCAACAAACCCAAAGAGUCUACGUGGACUACUUCGUCAAACAAAUCGAAAGAAGCGACGCUUUGCUGCUAGCAGCGCAGCACGCAGUGGUGGCUCCGGCCCCGCAGCUGCAGCAGCUGCAGCCGCUGCAGCAGCUGCAGCAGCCGCAGCAGCUGCAGCAGCUGCAGCAGCUGCAGCAAGACACCCCCGCCAACGCCAGAGACCGCCGCAAGCCCCAAGUCGCAUUCUAA